AUGGUGGGCGUGGACCUGGAGAUCGAUGAGAGCAAGCUGUGGGACCCGGCCAAGCGCCAGGCCUACAUGGACGCGCUGCCGGACAUGACGCUGUUCGAGGACCACGUGGUGGAGGGCGACGAGAUGGUGGCGGCCAUCCAGGCGCUGAUCGAGGACGGCGAGACGGCCGAGAGCCUGGCGCUGCAUUGGAAGAACCAGGGCAACGACAUGUUCUCGGACGCCAAGAAGGCGCAUCGAGGCUACUUCAAGAACGCUAUGAAGUACUACAACGACGCGCUGGCCUACGCCUACAAGGCGCUGGCGCUGCCCGAGGACGAGCGCGACCUGUCCUACGACAUGCGCGAGCUCACCUCGCAGAUCCUGUGCAACCGCGCGGCCGUGCAGCUCGAGCUCCGGAACUACGGCAGCUGCCGCUCGGACGCCGCCAAGGCCAUCAACUUCGACCCGUCCAACGUCAAGGCGUACUACCGAGGCGCCAAGGCCUCGAGGAUGUUGCGCAAGCCCGCCGACACGCUGCGUUACUGCGAGGAGGGACUCAAGCGCGACCCGGAGAACAAGCUGCUACUGAAGCUGCAGGUGGAGGGCCGCAAGCUCGUGGAGGAGCUGCGCGUCGAGAAGCUCAAGCGCGAGCGAGAACGCAUGAAGCGCCGCGCGGCCACGGACAAGUACCGCAAGCUGUGCGCGUCUCGCAACGUCCGUGUUGGACGCGCUCUGGUGGACGAUGAGCGCGUGCGUCAGUACGAGGGCAAGGCCGACCUGGACCCUGAGAGCGGCAACAUGUACUGGCCCGUGCUCUUUCUGUACGACCAGCACGGCACGUCGGACUUCGUGCAGUUCUUCGGCGAGCACGACUCGGUGAUCGAGCACCUGGCCAACAUGUUCCCGGAGGACGGCCCGUACGCCGAGUGGGACACGAACCAGGAGUUCGUGGCCUCCAAGUUGGUGGUGUACGCUGCUGCGGACAUGGUGCUGCCGUACUCGUCGCCCAAGGAGUGGCACGUGGGGCUCAGCGGCGAGAAGGAGGAGGAGGACGAGGAGGUGAAGCGUAUCCGCCGCGAGGAGCAGCACGAGGCCAAGACGCAGUACUGGCUCGAGGUGUCGCCCUUCUGCACGCUGCAGCAGCUGCUGACCCACGAGAAGUACGUGGUGCCCGGCAUCCCCGUGCUCAACAUCUUCGUGCGCGGCUCGGAGGCGCUCGGCAACUUCCUCACGCGCAUCGAGCGCAAGGUCAUCACGCUCGAUGCGCCACAGCGGUAA